CCCAAUCUAAUUCCAUGCCCCAGUCUUCUCUACUCUACUCCGUUCGUCAGUUGCAGAGGUGUCUACACAGCUCAUCGUCAUCUUAAACCUUCGUCGAUUGUGGUUAGGGUUUCGCAUGCAUUCGCUCGGUAAGAACUUUUAUUCAGCAAUUCUUCUGGCAGAGUAAUUCGUUUUUGUUGAUUUAUAUAUAAAAGAUUAGGGUUAAGGUUAGGGUUAGGGUUUAGUCUUUGCUUGAAGUCCAAGAAUGAGUACAUCAUUGAAGAGUCGUCGAGGUGAUGGAGAGAGUUUUGAUAGAUUCAGCAACAUUCCCGAUUACAUUCUUCUUGAAAUUCUCACCCUCCUUCCCACCAAAGACAUCGCUCGAAUGAGUCUCGUCUCCAAACGAUUCAGAGAGCUAUGUCUUUAUGUCCCAGAUCUGUUUCUUGAUUUUGCUUCACACAGUCUGGAAAAUUUGGGCAAUUGGACCGAAAGGUUUCUUACUUUGCGUGAUGGCGCGAAAUUGCGGCGAUUUGCUCUGACCACGUCCAAUUCUCUUGGUCCGACUCAGAUUGAUCGUGUAUGCAAAUGGAUUCACAAUGCUACAGUCAUUUGCAACGCUGAAGAGCUCGAUCUAUCUCUUGAAAUGUCCGAAGAAGAAAGCAUUUAUCUACCGCUAUCCAUCUUCUUAAGAACGGUCAAUUUCAGACUUGGAAGGGGCAUUCUCAAACUGCCAUCCUCUAUCUCUACCAGCAGUUUCAGUUCCCUCCAGGUUUUGGAGAUAAGAAGCUUCUUUGCUCCCCAGAACUUAGAAGAGGAUUGGGUUUCAUCUCUCUUCCCGGUGAUUAAAAAGUUGAAUCUCGAAGUUAUAAGUGAUCUAAACAAUCUCAAUAUCAUAAGCUCGUCUCUUGAAUGUUUGACCUUAAUGGUCUGUGGCCUUCUCUCAGUCAUUGUGUCUGCAGAUAGACUCCAGACACUGCAUGUGGAGUAUUGUUACGAGAGUAGCAGCUACAAAUGGGACGGUUGGUUGUUUAGAAUUUAUGCUCCCAGCCUUCAAAAAAUCAAUUGGUGUCAAGAUCAAUUUGCCUUCUAUGGGAGCUCUAUAUGCCUUCAAAGUGCCAGCUUUGAUGCUACGAGGCUCGUACAGUGUGCUGAUGUGCUUCUUCAAUAUAUAAAACAUGCCAAAUCAGUUACACUAAGAGACCGUUUUCUUGAGGAGGAUAUAUUUACACAAGAUUUGGGACUGUUGGAUAAUGUGCAAAAUUUGGAGCUGGAACUUCCUUGCGGGAAUGAGGAUCGUAAAAUGCCGGCAUUGGCCACUUUUUUUACAAGAUUGCCUAAUGUGAAGACCCUGACCAUGAGAGACAUCGAGUAUUGCAUUUUUGGUUAUAACGAAUCACAUGAUUUCGAUAUAGAGUACUGGGAGUCUCAAGAGGUUGCAUUUAUUCUUCAUUUGAAGGAAGUGGAGAUUGAGAUUCAUCAUUGGGGAUUUGAAGUUGGACUGAUAAAAUAUUUGAUCAAGCACGCGACAGCACUAGAGAGGAUCACUGUCACUUUCUCAAGACAUGUUGGUAUUAGUAGAUCGCCGAUUUGCAAAGAGUUGUCAGAAUUCCAUGAAACUUUUUCUUGUGCAACGCUAGAUUUUGUGUUGGAAUGAAGGUGUUAGGAAAUUAUUUUUAUGUCUUUAAGACUUAUAUUUUGACAGAGUUAGAAUUUAAGGUCUUAUGAGAACUUAACUUUACACUUUGUAUUGAGAAGACUGAUGCUCAACUAAAUUGCACUCAUAUUGUUGAGACCUGAUAGAACAAAUAUAUUAGCUGAUGUCAUUUUUCAUCAUGCUACGUGCUGGUUUGAUAUUUUAUUAGCACCGAAUAUCCAAUCACUUCUUUUAUUUAUUAUUAUUAUUAUUAUUAUUAUUUUUUUUUUUUAUGAGUGCUUCUGUUGGAGGGAGUUAGACUACUGUGCACAAGAAAGACAAGGAAGAAACUAUCUGGCAAUUUCCUUCUACAUAGAUGAUUGUUACGGACAAAGGAUUUUGGCAAAGAUGCAAUUAUGUGCAUUUGCUGGCAGAAUCAAGGAGACAACUUAUAGGAAAAUUUGAAAGUCAUCACGAUCAUAAUAUAUAAAGGUAUACUCCUGACGCCCUUUCAAUCAUAAAAUCUUCAUGCUCAGUCAGUGGGAAGUUGCCACAAGCAAAGGGGUUCUCACAUCGAAUUGAUACCAAUUCAGAUUUGCAUUCCAAUUGAAUUAUCUGGUGAUUUAGAAACAUAGUAAAAUUUAUCAGUUGUACUAGCUUUCAUGCAUUUUAUCAUUCUGUGUGAACAUAUAUGUCAGCAUUACCGACAUAGGUAAAUUACAUUAUUGAGCUUCCAUGUUUUGGUGAUCACUAGUUUGAAUGCAAAAAUAAUGGAGUAAUGUUUUUGUUCUGAAUUUUCAAUCACCCAAUUGAACUUGCAGAGUAUUUUUGGUGAUUGCAUGCGUUCCCUGGUUUCAGCUGGCUGUGAUCAGCGACAAAGAAUGUGGAAUAUGAUAUGUCCUACUCAAAUUUUAGAUUUCUUGGAGACUGCCUGUCAUUUAUUGAUAUGGUGGUCUCACAGUCUUGUUACAAACGAAACUGCGGGAUUUGUUAAUCUAGAAAGAACUGCAUAAACUAAUAAAUAGACCAUUCUUAAUGUAUAUAUGGUAUUGACUCAGACUUGCACUCAGUCCUAUUAUGCUUGAUAAUUAAUAGGAACAUUAUUUUUAAUUUAAAGAAAAAAUAUCCAAGUUUAGGUUCUUAGAAUAGACCCAUUCCAAGAUUUUCCCUUGUCUUUCAUCCAUUUCCUUUUCUCAUUUUUAAUUUUUCUUUCUUUCGAAUCUUUUCUUCUCCUACUCUUAGCCUGCCUGAACGUUCAGCUGUAUAUAGUCUUCUCUCAACGCUCAGGCUCCCUGUCAACUUCACCCUUUCCAAAACCCUAAAUCUCAAUUUAGAAUUUUCGUUCAUCGAUUGGCUUGCAAGGCUCGCUCUCUCAAAAUCCCUAGACGCAACAACAUCAAUUGCCUAGAUUUUGCCUCAUUGUUGUAUGCAGAUGCACAGAUUCUGAUUGGAGAAGAAAGGUAAGUCCCUCUAUAUAUGUGUAUGCAUCUUCAUUUUUGUGUAUAUAUGAGUUAGUAUUGUUAGAUUACUAAUUAUUAUGAGUUCAAAAUGUUUGAAUUUUCUAUAAAUUCUUUAGAACAUUCCCAUUUCUUGUUUGUAAUAUAACAAUUGUUCUGAAAAAAAAAUCAAUUUCUCAUGUGUACUGUGAACAGUGAACCACUGUUAUUUUUGUGUCCAUUUCUAUCCCAGGAUUUUCUGCAUUGUCGUGUAUUUGCAGUGCCAAUUAUGUAUUCAAUCUGUUUCAUUUUAAACAUGGUGUCUCAAAUUUUAGUUCAAUGAACCAGAAAUGUGGGACUACACUCUACAAUUAGCCUUUUCAAUUUUGAAUUUUGAAUUUUCUUUUAUUUUUUAUUUUUUGUUGUGUUUCAACUUUCUGUUUUGAUUCUUAUUACCCAUCUCCUAAUACUGUACAUUCUUCCCGUCAGCUCUGACAAUUAUAUAGGUACACCUUGCACAUGCUAAAUGGAGCAAACAAGUCAACUUCCUCCAGCAUUGAGGCAGUUAAAUUUAAAGAAGUCAUUCAAGCUGGAUAUACAUUUCUCUGCUCACGUUCGAAGGAGGUUUUUAGUGUUGGAUAUAUUGUGCUUUCCUAUUCUAUUUUAUCCAUUUAUACAUAUUUUUUGCCUUUGUUUUUACUUUUAAAGAGAGAUUUCAAGAUUCAGCCAUCUCUCUUACAGUCUCUCUGAGAAAAGAAUAUAGUUUAGAACCUUCUCUUCCUCCUUCCCUGCUCAAGUAUUGGUCUUUUUGUUAAUUAAUAGGAUCUUAGUGUGUGUAUAUAUGUAUAUAUUAAAAGGUGACACUUACAUAGAAUGUUUGAAUAAUAAGCAAUGAAAGUUCGUUUAAUUAUUUAUCAUAAAGCUUUUUUGUCAAUCUUCUCAUUUUAUUUGUAUUUCUUUAGAGGUUUUGGGUGCUAGGUCUUAUUUAUUUUAUUUUUGCAUAAAGGAGGUCUCCAAAGCAUUACCAAGGUUUACUAAUGUUGAGCAAGAAGGUCUCCAUCGGCUAUUUAUACAGGUCUUUCACAUGAAUUUAUAUUAAGCUUAUAAUAAAUUAUAAAUAUUUUUUCUUUUCUUUGAUAAAGUCACUUUGGGGAUUUGAAAUGCAUUGAACAUGACCCUUUGCAGAUUUAUAUUGACGUGGUUUUGACAAAUUUCCUUUUGUAAUAAACUGUCUUGGGAGAUUGGCAGGUUGCUUGAGAACAGGAAGGGAAAUUAGAUCAUGGGUUUUAUAAAGUUUCUUCUUGGGCUUGCGCAAUGGGUUUAAUAAUCAUAUACAAUUAGUUGGUAUUUUGUGAUGCAAGGCAAGUUCUUAUGUUACUAAAAGUCUUCUUGUAUAAAAGCUUGUUCUUAUAAUUGCAUUUUGUAGUUUCUGGCUUAUCUUCUUUACAAUAAACUUAAUAAGAAAUUCAGUAGAAAUAUAGAAGCUACACUACAUUUGCACUUUAUAAACUUCUCUUGCACUGCUGACCUUCUUACUCUUCUUCUUCAAAUUUCUUUUUAUUCUUUCAUUGCCAAAUUGGUGAAAAAGAUAAACAUAAUUAUGCUAGUUGUCUUAUUGCUAGAUUUAUUUUGGGUCAUGCAUAGCAUAUAACUCCCCCAUCCUCCUCUCGCCCCCCCCCGGCGGCAAAUUCCUGGCGCUGCCCCUGUCAAGUUGUGAUAUACUGUAUUACCUUAUGUCCUGUUUAAAAUUCUAUAUUCAACCCAGAGUUUCGUCAGCGAGAAUUUAUGUUCAGAUUAAAGUCUUUAUUUUUUCUUUUUUGUUUUUGGUAAUUAAGAAGUUGUUUGUUUCCAAUCAAGCAUGGUUGUGAGAGAUUUUUUCGUUUUUUUUUUUGGUUGUUAACAAGUAGGUUUUUCCACAUUAUGGUUGUGGUGGUAAUUUGUUUCAGAGAGAGGAAGGGCAUACUACUACCUUGUUACAUUUAAUUUUUUUUGGAUGGAGUAGAAGAAUUGGGUGGUUUCUCAAAGUUAAAUGUUAGGAAAUGCCAACAGUAUUCAGUUUUGUUAUGACAAGGUGCUGAAGGAGCGAUUUUAGAUUUUCUCAGAAUCAUAGUGCAUGCUGUAGCUUCUGGCACCGAUUGUGUUUUUUUAGUAUAAUAAUGUAAAAUGAACAAUAAUUUAGUGCAUUUAGUAAGCUUCAAAGAUUCCAUUUUGGGUUAUUAUCUGUAUCUUUAAAUCCUUUAAUGUUUCUAGGUGUCCUGAAAUACUACACUUGUACUAAUACUCCAUGCUAUGCCGUCAAAUUUUCUGGUUAUUACUUCUUUACAUGAAAAUAUUGAGGUACACAUUGUCUCAUUCUAGUUGUAUACUCUUAGAACAAAAGAGACAACCGGCCAGUCGCCUAGCGGUAUCAGCCUCUUACUUCCCAAAGGGAGGUUAGAGGUUCAAGUCUCAGAAGAGACAAGUGUGUGUGAGUACCAACUAGGAAAAAAAAAAAGAGGAAAAGAGGAGAGAGACAGCUCAACUGGUGUAGUAGUAAAUUUCAAUUUUUUUAUUAUUUUUCAUUGGAGGAGCAAUGGCUAAACUAACUCUCUCUCUCUCACACACACACAAACACACGAAAUGAUCAUUUUGUAUCUUUCAAUAUCCAACAUGCUCGUAAAAUAUUUUUAUGUCAAAGCAUUUAUCAGCUGAAGAAUUUUUUCCUAAAUGUUUAGAAAUGUUUGCAAACAUAUGAUCAAUUUUGUAGACAUGUACAUGGGAUGACCUUGUAGGCACAUAGAUGAGUGCUAAGGUAGCUUCAGGGACCAUCCCCUUUGUUUGAAUAGUUUUUAUUAUUAUUUUUUUAUUUUUUAAGUUGGUUAUAAUUUGCUUUUUAAGUUAUUAGUUGGACUUGAAUAGUAACUUCUCUUUUUGGAUUUUACAGGAUGAGUUUGAGUGUUUAUGCCCUGAAAAACAGGUGUGCCUUUUAUUACCGUCAUUGUAAUUCUAUGAAGUUGUAAGUGAAAUUAUAGUACUGAUUUGAUAGAGGUUCUGAUUGGCCUUCUCAAGUGCUAUUAUCUUUGUGCAUCAUAUAGAGUAAUCAAAUUGUAUGUGUCGAAAAACUGAUAUCCGGUGAUGUGGCUUCUUUUAUUUUUUUUAAUUGUUUAGAGGUUUUCAUUAAUGAUAGUUUAUAUUUAGGAUAUCAUUGCAUUUGGCCGUCUUCAUUAGGAACCGCUCUUUAAUGAGUACGUGCUUUCUGGUAUCCAUGAUUGUGAUACUUAAUUGGGUAAAAUUGUUGAAGAAAAGUUUAGAUGGUACAUGUUUAGAUCGUGGAAGAACAUAAUCUGGACUCUGUUUUUUUGAUGAGUACGUGUUUUCUGGUAUCCAUGACUGAUACUUAUAUUGGGUAAAAUUGUUGAAGAAAAGUUUAGAUGGUUAUACGUGAAACUGGACAAAUUUCCCUUCUUUGUUCAGAAAACUUGUUUGAAAUGUUUUAGAUCUAUUAUUUAACAAAUUAUUGUGUUAAAUUAUGUCAGAAGUUUCUGUUAUGUAGUUCAAUGACACGCAUUUUCUUGAGAAACCAUUUCUCUGGUGCAUGAGCUACACUAACACAAUAUGCUGUUAAUUUAAAAUACCUAUGUCUGUGUUCGGCCGCAUGGAGUUGGAGCCUUGGAAUUGGUAUUGGUGAAAAUUUUAGUUUAAUUUUCUGAGUUGCUUUUCUCCAAUUCCAAUUCCAAGGCUCCAAUUUCAUGCAGCCGAACAUAGCCUAUAACGGAAUUCAGAGAAUUCAAAUAUUGGAAUUAUGUACUUCUAUAUUCUAUUGUAGUUAUGCUCUAGUUUCUUUAGAAAGAGGGAAUAGGUUCCCAUUUUUUUCCCGUGUAUUGAAAGAGGGAAUAGAUUGGUUUGUUAGAGCGUAGGAUUGUAUCAUUGAAGCUUUGGUUUCUGUCUGCCCCUUUUCAAGGAGUUCAGAAUACCUUUCUUUCCAGGAAAUUAUUUUUCAUAUAUGUGUCCUUGUGUGAUUGUAGGUGUUCCUUUUUGAGUUUGUCUCAUUCAAUAAUUAUUUAGUACAUUAAGUAAGCUUCAAAGAUUCCAUUCUGUGUCUUUAUCUAUAUCUUCAAUGUUUUUAGGUUUCCUCAAAUACUACAUUUGUACUUAAUACUCCAUGCUUUGCUGUCAAAUUUCAGGUCAUUACUUCUCUGCAUAAAAAUAUUGUUUCAUUCAAUUUGCGUACUCUUUUCCUUUUUAAUCUGUUCAACACAUUUGGCUUUGUUAGGAAAUAGAGAAAAAGAAGGUUGAUUACUCUCUAUAUCUCACACGCACACAUAUAUGGACUGACCAUUUUUGUAUCAAAUUACACGCACAUGCAUGAGAAGCUGGUUGGACCCACCAGAGUCGGCUAAUUUAAAUUACAUGACUUUAUAUUUUGCAUUCUUUAAAUCAUCAUCAUUAUCAUCGCUGUAAACAAAUCAAUUGAUUCCUUAUCUUACGAUUGAUCUACUCUUACUUGCCCCAUUGACUUCAGUUAUUUAUGUCAUUUUUUAAUUAAUUAAAGAAGUUAAGAAUUAAACUACAAAUGGACGGCCUAGAUCAUCAACCAGUCACGUUUACUUUCUUUUUGAAUAACCCUCGGAACGCCCUUCAACAAUGUUAUGCAUGUCUUCAUUCACUUCGGGGCCUCUCUUAAGUUUAGCUCAUCACCUUCCUUCUCUCUUCCUCUUCAUGAACGAUGAACCUUCUCUACACCUCCGUCAAUUGCAAUUCUGUAAAACACUCCCUGCCCUUCUCUUGACUGCAGUAGCGGCUUAGUCAUCAGCUACUACCCAUUUUGGGCAGAAGGCCACCAAUUUGAACUCUGUGGAUUCCCAGGCUUUGGCCUCUCAUGCAGUGACCAACAACCAAUGCUCCACCUCUACGGUGUCAAAGAAUUUACUUUUUUGAAAAUACCGUUACCAUUGCCUAUAGUGACAUAAUCAACCGUGUAUCCACCUUCACUUCCAUCUAUAGAAUGUUUACAAUACGGUUCUAAGCAUUCUUAUGUGUUCACCAUGGGAGCGAUUCCGGAGUUUGAUUGUGAGUCAACAGUUACCGUCCUGGUGCUUGACGAGGCAGUAAAUCAUGUUCUUCUGGUUAAUGGUUAUGCAGGAGCCUUGCAUGGUGGAUUCAAAUUAACAUGGUGAAUACUGGAAAGUUUUUGCGGAUCGUGUGAGGCCACUGGUGUUGUGGAUACGGUAAUGGUCUCCUUUGCUUUUCUAAAGAUGGACAAUAUUUCUCUAAUUGUCAUGACAAUGAUAAUUUCUUCAUACAUAUAUAUAAGUUGUUCCACUAGCUUUAUGCAAAUUGUGUAAUCCUCUAAUUUAACUUAGCGGAGUUAAUAUAUAAUAUACAGGUGAUUGCUAAUUUUUCAUUAUUAUAGCUGUACUUGGGUUGAAAUUUAUCUUUAUGAAUAUUAAUGCAAAAUUUCAUGGGCAUGAUUAUGAAGAGGACUUCGUGUGUAUAUAUAUAUAUACCAUCUGCUCUCCCUCCAAUUCAACAAUUUCUUUCUUCAUCUAUCUAAAAGUUUUGGUUUUCACAAACAAAGACUUCUAAAAGCUCUACUUCUAUAAUUGCUAUUGGGCUUAAGAAACUAAAUCUUUUGGGUUUAAACUAACUAAAGGCCGAAUGACACUCACAGUCAUAGAGUGGUUUUUUUUGAAGCCAUGUUUGGGCUUAAGCACCUUGAAAUCCUUCUGGGCCAUAGCCCAUUAGGCCUACAUAAAGAACAGGUCCAUUAGGAUAGAACUCUACAACAAGAGCCCAGGUUGAUUCAACCCAGUCUAAUUCCAUGCCCCAAAAAUCUUCCCCGAUUGUCAGUUGCAGAGGGCCUCUACAGAGCUCGUGGCCAUCAUCAACCUUGGUCGAUUGUUGUUAGGGUUUCGCAUGCAUUCGCUUGUUAAGAACUUUUAUCCAGCAAUUCUUCUGGCAGAGUAUUUUUUUUUGUUGAUUUAUAUAUAAAAAUAUUAGGGUUAGGGUUUAGUCUUUGCUUGAAGUCCAAGAAUGAGUACCUCAUUGUAAGAGAGUCCUCGAGGUGAUGGAGAGAGUUUUGAUAGAUUCAGCAACAUUCCCGAUUGUAUUUUUCAUGAAAUUCUCUCCCUCCUUCCCACCAAAGACAUCGCUCGAACCAGUCUCAUCUCCAAACGUUUCAGAGAGCUAUGUCUCUAUGUCCCAGAUCUGUUUCUUGAUUUUGCUUCACACAGUCUGGAAAAUUUGGGCAAUUGGACCGAAAGGUUUCUUACUCUGCGUAAUGGCGCGAAAUUGCGGCGAUUUGUUCUGAACUCGUGCAAUCUGGAACUUUGUAGGCAUAUGGAUGCUCUUCGUGUAAGCAAAUGGAUUCACAAUGCUAUAGUGAUUUGUAACGCUGAGGAGCUCGAUCUAUGUCUUGAAAUAUCCAAAGAUGAAUGCAUUUCUCUACCACUAUCCAUCUUCGUAAGAACUUAUCAAUUUCAGUAUUGGAAAGGGCGUUCUCAAACUUCCCUCCUCUAACUCUACCAGCAGUUUCAGUUCCCUCCGGGUUUUGGAGAUAAGAUGCUUAUCUGCUCCUCAGAACUUAGAAGAGGAUUGGGUAUCAUCUCUCUUCCCGGUGAUUAAAAAGCUGACUCUGAAACAUAUAAGGAAUCUAAACAAUCUCAAUAUCACAAGUUCCUCACUUGAAUGUUUGAGAUUAGACUGCUGUGGGUUUCUCAGUCUCACUGUAUCUGCAGAGGGACUCCAGACACUUAAUGUGGACAAGUGUUACCAUAGUACUAGCAUGUUGGACGAUUGGUUGUUUAGAAUUUACGCACCAAGCCUUCAAAAAGUCUAUUGGGGUUGAGAUUUUUUUGUCUUCCAGUCGAGCUCCAUAUGCCUACAAAGUGCCAGCUUUGAUGCUUCGAAGCUUGUACAGAGUGCUGAUGUGCUUCUUCAAUAUAUAAAACAUGCCAAAUCAGUUACACUAGGAAACCGCUUUCUUGUAGAGGUACUUAAACAUUGAUGCUUCACACAAUUGCUAUAUCUAUUUAUAUAUAUAGUUAUUUUUGACAGCAACUUCACUAUUCAACACCACCAAUUGCACCAAAUAAUAAUAAAGCUAACUUUAGUUAUGGGUGCUAUUUUAGGAUAUGUUUACACAAGAUUGGGUACUGUUGGAUAAUGUGCAAAAUUUGGAUCUGGAACUUCUUUAUGGGGAUGAGUUUCGUAAAAUGCCUGCAUUGGCCACUUUUUUUACAAGAUUGCCUAAUCUGAAGACCCUGACCAUGAGGGACAAAGAGCAUUACAUUUUUGGUUAUGACGAAGUAAUAUUACUAUUCAAUUAAGUUUUUCUUUGCUUUUCUUCUUGUUUGCCUCAUUUUUUGUUUUGUUUUUGAUAUCAUUGCUUUUUAUGUUUCAGUCACUUGAUUUCUUUUUCGAUAUAGAGUAUUGGGAGUCUCAAGAGGUUGCAUUUAUUCAUCAUUUGAAGGAAGCUAAGAUUGAGAUUUAUCAUUUUGGUCUUGAAGUUGGAUUGAUAAAAUAUUUGAUCAAGCACGCGACAGCACUAGAGAGGAUGACUGUCACUUUCAAAAGACAUGUUGGUAUUAUUAGUAGAUCGCCGAUUCGCAAAGAGUUGUCAGAAUUCCAUGAGACUUUUUCUCGUGCAACACUAGAUUUUGUGUUGGAAUGAAGGUGUUCGGAAAUUAUUUUUAUGUCUUACUUAUA